AGUUUUGUUUUUGUGGACGAAAUCUAAAUCCAUUUAGUUCACCACCAAAUUCCCAUUCAAGCAGAAAGCUAACAUCUUAUCCGGUCUCAAAAAAUCUAUGCUACCUUAUCCAAUAUCCAUCCAAGUCAUUGCCCGGGCUGAUAUAUUAUAGUGGUGAGCUUUUGCCCCUCUUAACUCGAGCAAAUCAAAACUAACUUACUUCCAACAAAAUGCAGGCCAUUCUACAUCUCCCACCACCAUCUGUAUCACCCCUUGCCCUUGCAACACCCACCACCACCAAGUCCCUUGCCUUGCCAUGCAGCUCCUCCAUUCCAAGGCUACUAAAAUCCCCAAGGUGCCCCCCACUCAAGGCAGCCAAUGUCACAGAAGACCCUUCUGCUGUUGAUUACAGCUCCAUCACUUCUGUUUUUCCAGCAGAGGCUUGCGACACAAUCGGAGGAGAAGCUUGUGAUGUCGAAAUGUAUCCUGAGGUGAAGCUCAAACCAGAAGACAGGGACAACACAGCCAAGACUACUUCUGAGCAGUUGGAUAGAGAUUAUCUGGAGUAUGACAGCCCCAAGACGGUCUUUCCUGGAGAGGCUUGUGAUGAUCUGGGAGGAGAAUUUUGCGAGCCUGAGUAUCAGAGAGGGGUUCACUAGGCGCUCCAUGAGAUCUUUUCUUUUCUCUUCUCAGCUCUAUUGUUGACUCUAAUAAUUUUGUGAAUAAUUACUAAUUGGAAGGGUAGCUGGCAAUGUUCUUGAAUAAUAAAUAAUGAACAUGAACAGGUAAGAAUAGCCCAGUUGGGAAAUUCUAGUUGCAAA